GGGGCGUGGUUCUGCGUCCCCCGGGCAGUGCUGGGGGUGUCACUGCGCGGAGGGGGCGUGGUCUGGACAAAGUGGGCGUGUCUCCGGUGGGAGGGGGCGUGGCCAAGGGGCGGCCGGGCGUGCAUACAGUGGCAGUGGGCGUGGUCACAGCGGGCGUGGGCGUGGCCGGGCGCGGGGGGGCGUGGCCAGGCUCGGAGCGCACCGGAGCUCAGCGGAGCGGAUCGGAACGGAGCGGCACCGCCGAUCCCCGAACCCCACCGCCCUGCCCGCCCACAAACCGGCACCAUUCCGGCCCAGCGAGCAGCCCCGGCCGGGCGUCGGCUCAGCCUCGGCCGUAAAACUUUGCUGGCGGCCGCUGCGGGCGUGGUGAUGGUGCUGGUGCUGGUGGUGCUCAUCCCCGUGCUGGUGAGCUCGGCGGGCACCGACGGCCGCUACGAGAUGCUGGGCACCUGCCGCAUGCUCUGCGAGCCCUACGGGGGCACCGCGCCGGGGGGCGGCCCGCUCCCACCACCCUCCACGCUGGUGCAGGGGCCGCAGGGCAAAGCGGGCAAACCGGGCAAACCGGGACCACCGGGACCCCCCGGCGAACCGGGACCGCCGGGAGCUGCGGGCCCGCCGGGGGUGAGGGGCGAAACGGGCAAACCGGGGCCCCCCGGGCUGCCGGGUUUGGGGGGUACGGGGGCGGUGAGCACGGCCACCUACAGCACGGUGCCGCGCGUCGCCUUCUACGCCGGCCUGAAGAACCCGCACGAGGGCUAUGAGAUCCUCAAGUUCGAUGAUGUGGUCACCAACCUGGGCAACAGCUACGAUGCCGCCUCGGGGAAGUUCACCUGUGUCGUUCCCGGCACCUACUUCUUCACCUACCACGUCCUGAUGCGCGGCGGAGACGGCACCAGCAUGUGGGCUGACCUCUGCAAGAACGGGCAGGUACGGGCCAGCGCCAUCGCGCAGGAUGCGGACCAGAACUACGACUACGCCAGCAACAGCGUCAUCCUACACCUGGAUGCGGGCGACGAGGUCUUCAUCAAGCUGGAUGGGGGCAAAGCCCACGGUGGCAACAACAACAAGUACAGCACGUUCUCGGGCUUCAUCAUCUACUCGGACUGAGCCUGGACCCAUGGCAUCGCCCCAUGGCAUCGCUCCAUGCCCACCCAGCCCCAUGGCAUCCCCACGUGCAGCCCUAUGGCCGGCUGUGGGGCCCAGGAGCCCCCUUCCCCAUCACCCGCUCACCUCAUUGCUGCUAAUUCGGGGCGGGGGGAGCAGAGGGGCGGUCCCCUGGCUGUGACCCACACGGUGCCCACGGGAUGUGGGUCUGUACAGGGUGCCUCGCGCCAGGGUUGUGCCAGGGGAGCUGCCCGGCCCCAGGUGACUCCAUGGUAAAGCAGAGCUGUGACCUCUCCCUGUGUGCUGUCUUUGUCCCCGUGUCGCGGUGUCACCAGGGUUGGGGACAGCAUCUUCCAGCCUUGUUGUCCCCCCUCAGCCCGGCCAAGGAAUCGGGGCACCGUCCCCAGGUGCUGCAGUCCAGGUGGGCGCUGCCACCUGUGUCCCCUCGCUGCCCCCACGGGGUGACGGUGGGAUGGGUCCCCACGGCAGAACAUGGCCCCGUGAUGGGAUGUGUCCCCAUGGCAGAACGUGUCCCCAUGACAGGACCUGUCCGCAUGAUAGCACAUGGCACCAUGGUCAGACGUGUCCCCGUGAUGGGAUGUGUCCCCAUGUCAGAACACGGGCCCUGUGACAGGACAUGGCCCCGUGACAGAGUGCGUCCCCGUGAUGUGACACAGCCCUCGUGACAAGACGUGGCCCCAUGUCAAGAUGUGUCCCCAUAGCAGCGCAUGGCCUCA